AUGGCGGCCCUGGGCAGUCUUCCCACCCUCCCUGAGGGACUCACCUACGAUGACGUUCUACUCAUCCCGCAGCGCAGCCCUGUGCGCUCUCGCAAGGCCGUCAACACAAACACACGCCUCAGCCGCAACAUUCACCUCAAGAUUCCCAUCGUCGCCAGCAACAUGGACACCGUGUGCGAGGACAAGACGGCCGUGACGAUGGCGCGCGAAGGCGGCAUUGGCAUCCUGCACCGCUUCUGUAGCAUUGAGGAACAGUGCGCGAUGGUGCGCAAGGUGAAGCGCGCCCAGUCCUUCCUGAUUGAAGAACCGCGCAUGAUCCUGCCGUCGGCGACGAAGGCAGAGGCUCUCGAGGAGCUGAACUGGUCCGGCCGAAAGGGCGGUGUCAGCUGCCUAAUGGUGGUGGACGACUUCACCAGCCGCCGCCUGUGCGGGGUGCUCAGCAAGAGCGACCUUGUCUUUGCAACCGACUCCGCCCUCGUCGAAACCCUCAUGACCCCGGUGAGCCGAAUGGUCGUCUCGACCAACACCGCCAUCACCCUGGAGGAGGCUCGCGAGGUCAUGCGCGUGAAGCGGACCAACAACAUUCCGCUGCUGGGUCCCAAAGGAGAGCUGCUCUACCUCAUCACUCAGUCGGACAUUUUGAAGCUGACUGGCAACCGCAACGCCACCCUUGACUCGCGUGGCCGCCUCGUUGUCGGCGCCGCCAUCGGCGUGAAGAAAGAGGAUCACAAGCGUGCUGCCGCCCUAGUGGACGCCGGCGUGGACGUGCUCGUCGUGGAUAUCGCGCACGGCCACAGCGACCUCUGCAUCGACAUGGUGAAAGCACUCAAGGCGAGCCCGCUCACCAGCAAGGUCGACAUCAUCGCCGGCAACAUCGCCACGGCGGAGGGCGCGCAGGACCUCAUCGACGCGGGAGCAGAUGGCUUGAAGAUUGGUGUGGGUCCGGGCAGCAUCUGCAUUACCCGGCUCGUGGCCGGCUCCGGCGUGCCGCAGCUGUCUGCUGUGAUGGACUGUGCUCGCGUGGCGAAGAAGCAUGGUGUGCCGUGCAUCGCCGACGGUGGCGUCAAGACUGCCGGGGACAUCUGCAAGGCGAUUGCUGCGGGCGCGGACACGGUGAUGUUGGGCAACAUGCUGGCGGGCACAGACGAGGCUCCAGGCCGCGUUCUUGUAAAGGACGGCAAGAAGGUGAAGAUCAUUCGCGGCAUGGCUGGCUUUGGCGCGAACGUCAGCAAGGCGGAGCGCGAAAAACGCGUUGACGAGGACGUCUUUAAUGAUCUCGUGCCGGAGGGUGUCGAGGGCAGCGUGCCGUGCAAGGGCCCCCUCGCACCAAUUUUAAAGCAACUUGUCGGUGGCCUGCGCUCCGGCAUCUCGUACUGCGGCUCCCACAGCAUUGCGGAUAUGCAGCAGCGCGCAAGGUUUGUGCGCAUGUCGGGUGCCGGUUUGCGGGAGAGCGGCAGCCACGAUAUCUCGAAGCUGUAA